AUGAGUUCUAGAACCCCCGCUCUCUCCAGCGAAGAAGAAGACGCACUGCAUCGAAGUACUAAAAAGAUUAAAGAAGGGCACACCUCUUCAUCACCUGAACCACCUUUUCAAAAUCUCAGUUACAAAGCAAAGCUUGUAGGACAACUUCCUGGUGCCUAUGAAAAUGCUUUUAGCCUUGUUGAUCAAAUGCUUGAAGAUGCCGAAUCUGAUGUUGAGGAAGAAAACAUUGAGGAAGGAGCUGUAGCCUUAUCUCUUUCAAAAGAGGACAAGAUCUGCAUUAGAUCACAAUGGUCAAAUGCCCUCAUUAUAAAGACCUUUGGACGAACAGUGGGAUAUCAUUACCUUUCUCAAAGAGUCAGAGAACUUUGGGCCCCUACUAGAAGGUUAGAUUUGGUGGACCUUGGCCACGACUAUUUUUUAGCUCGUUUUGAACUGCAUGCGGAUCUUGAUCACGUGCUAAGAGAUGGCCCAUGGUUCAUAGGACAACACUUCCUUGCCAUUAAAGCCUGGGAGCCCGAGUUUAAAGCCUCCACAACCAACUUCUCCCAAGUGGCUAUAUGGAUACGUCUUCCUGAGUUAGCCAUUGAGUUUUAUGAUCCAGUUAUCCUCAAAAAGAUACGCUCCAUGAUUGGGCCAGUACUCAGGAUUGAUGGGCACAUAGCUACGAAUACCAGAGGACGCUUUGCUCGUCUUUGUGUCCAAGUUUGCUUGGAUAAACCUCUUGUAAAAACUAUCCUCAUUGGUAAGUUUAGACAACCAGUUGUUUACGAGGGCAUUCACUCUCUUUGCCUCUCAUGUGGCCGGCUAGGCCAUAAAAAAGAAAAUUGUCCUCAAACUAUUAGAGUGAACCCCAGACCCGCCAGCCAAGAGCAAGGUUAUGAAGCUAGCCAAAGCACUGAUGCUAGCCAAAGCACCAAUGCUGGCUCCUCCUCAACUUCAACUCCGUCUGAACCAACUAAUUUGGCCCACAAAGACCACCCCACGGUCGUCGAGACUGACCAGUAUGGCCCAUGGCUGCUGGUCUCGAGGAGAAAACCUUACCCCAAAAAAAAGCCUGCUGCCACAGUCAUCCUAUCCCUAUUCCCACCAAAGUAA